UCCGUAGUAUGUCAUUUCCUGUAGCAAGAUGGCGGCCAUCAGGAACCGCUUGACUCCAGCUUGUCUCGCGGGACGCUUCGUCUUCACACAGAGUCCGAAACCCAACGCGGGCAGGCAACGUUGCUCGGACAUUUGGAAGCACUGCUGGCUCCAAAGGUCUCAUGUGCACACGGCAUUUGACUUGAACAGUUGGGCCGGUGGCACCCCAUCAGUGCUGUGCAGGCGGCGCCAUGAGAAGCUCCUCUGCGUGGGCGUGAGACACAACAGCACCCAGAUGCUGAGUGAGGGCAGCCCCGUGGUGGCCAACAGCGUCGGGGUCCUUCAGCAAGCCAUUCCCGAUCAGGUCCCGCCUGGGCCUGUUUCCGUGACGACGGGAGACGCACCCGCCCCGUGCUUGACGCAGUCAGUUUCGGACGCGGCGGAGGUCCUCCAGGCUGCCGAUCCGGAAGCCCGUCUGGCCGAGCUGGGCUUGGCUGGCCACACUCCGGUGGGUGUCAUCCAGAACCUGCUAGAGUUCAUGCACGUGGACGUGGGCCUGCCCUGGUGGGCAGCCAUUGUUGUCGGGACGGUGGUGGCUCGCCUGGCCGUCUUUCCCGUCAUCGUGAAGGGCCAGCGGGAGGCGGCCAAACUCAACAACGUCAUGCCCGAGAUGACCCGCCUCAGCGGCAGGAUGACCGAGGCCAAACAGAGCGGCAACAAAUUUGAAUUCGCCAAAGCCUACACCGACCUCACGUUGUUCCAGAAGAAGCACGACGUCAACCCCAUCCGCGGCUUUCUGAUCCCUCUGGUGCAAGCGCCCAUCUUCAUCUCCUUCUUCAUGGCGCUGAGGAAGAUGGCGUACUUGCCGGUGCCUAGCAUGCAGACAGGAGGCACGCUGUGGUUUCCGGAUCUGACGGCGGCCGAUCCCUUCUACAUCCUGCCUCUGGCCGUAACGGGAACCAUGUUCUUCAUCCUGGAGCUGGGCGCCGAGUCAGGCGUGGACAACCCCAACCUGCGCGCCAUGAAGACCGUGUUCCGGAUCAUGCCCUUCAUCAUCCUCCCACUCACCAUCAACUUCCCCACGGCCGUGUUCACCUACUGGUUCACCUCCAAUUGCUUCUCCUUGGCUCAAGUGGCGCUGCUUAAACACCCGGUGGUCCGUGACAAGCUGCGCAUCCCGGAGAGGAUCAAUCACCCGGCUUCGGACCUGCCUCAAACCGACGGCUUCAUCGACAGCAUGAAGAAAGGAUGGAAGAACGCACAGCUGGCUCAGCAGCUGGAAGAGCGAGACAGACGCAUCAAAAAUCAUCUGGACCUUGCCGCCAAAGGUCCACUGAGGCAGACAUUUACCCACAAUCCUCUGCAGCAGACCCCAACGCCAUCCACCAAAGAUAAGAAAGCCACAAGCAAGAAAAGACCAUGGAAGGACAUCAUGGAAUGAAGUGCGUAGUGUACAUAUUUAUUGCUAAAUGUCGUCAACGCGGAUGAUUUUCCUAUUGGCAUUAAAAUGGAAAAGCACUUGACACAAA